AGCAGCACCCAGGCGACAAUAAUGCAUCACCUCGUCAAUCCGCACGGCGGUCUCGAAGCUCUUCUUCUGCAAUCUCUCUGAGCUGCUCCAGCCUGUGGACACGUCUCACUCCUACAUCUUUCUGUCUGUGGUGCAGCCUUGCAUCCUCGAUAUCUGAUUGACAACAGCCACGCCAGGCUCUGCUUACGAAUCAGUGGCCACCAUGGCAUCCGCGACUGGAAUUCCCCAACAACCUCCGGCCGAGCACGGUAACGAGGAGAGCGAGCCCCUGCUCGGUCGGCCCGGCGAUGCCUCCCAGAAGCCUGCUGCCUCCAUCGCCAAAAAUCUUGUCCUCGGUACUGGUGUCGUCGCCGAGGCUGGAGGUCUUUUGCUCGUUGCGUCCGUGUGGGCAGCAGUCUUCCUGCACCCACCGUACAUCCUCUUCUCGGUCCACCCGCUGGCCCAAUCCUUUGGGCUGCUCGUUCUCAUCCAGAGUAUCCUCAUCGUCCAGCCGACCGUGACGGCCGAGCAGAAGAAGGUCGGCCAGAAGCUGCACGCAGGGCUGAACUUCCUCGCGCUCGCGUCAUUCAUCGUCGGCGUCGGCAGCAUCGAGUACAACAAGAUCCGCAGCAAUGGCGCCCACUUCAAGUCCCCGCACGCCUACAUCGGCAUCGUCGCCUCAAUCUGGCAGAUCCUCCAGUACGUCGUCGGCUUCACCAUGUACGGCGCGCCUCAGCUCUACGGCGGUGAGGCCAAGGCCAAGGCGAUCUGGAAGUACCACCGGAUGAGCGGCUACGGCCUGCUGCUCCUGUACAUGGCUGCCGUCACAUCGGCCACCAAGACUGACUACAACGUCAACGUUCUCGGUCUCAAGCUGUGGGCGGCGAUUGUGAUUGCCCUCCUCGUCAUCGCUGGUAUUUACCCGAGGAUCAAGAAGCAGAAGCUGGGCCUCUGAGACCGAAAAAAAAUGCACCGGAGACGGCGCCGCGUACCGCCAUGCGAUACGAGCGCAAAAAGGCAGGGACCAUGCUGUGCGGACUAGCGCUGGGGCCCGGCCGAGAGGGAUUGGAAAAUACGACCACAUUGUGGUUGCUGGCUACAUGAUGACGACUUUAUAAAAAGAAGAUCAGGGCUUGAUCUUCGUAGUCGGGAUGUUGGCAUGGCGUUUAGGACUGUCUAUUAGGACUGUACUGGUACUUUUUUGUUUUCUUCUUCUCAUAAUAGGCAGAUCAUGAGACAUGGCUACAGAGCCGCGAUGUCCGGGAAGUCGACGCUAUAAAGUUGUGCUUGACC